AUGCUGAAUUCCCAAGCAGCCGUCGCGUUUGACGGCUCCACAAUGAAAUUCACAGUGAUUUCAGACAAGAAUCUCCUGGAAGGGAUCGAUAUUGGUGAAACCCUUGAUCAGGACGGAAAGAACCUCACCAUUCUACAGCUCUGUCCGACAGUUGAAGAAGCGGAAGCCGCAUGUGGUCAACGUACAUCGCAGUUGAGUAGCACCAGGGCGGCGAGUGGAGACUGCGCAAUCGCGAGAAUUGUGUUCGACGAGAAAGGAGACGCUCUAUCGGAGUGUUCUGUAGAGCAUUCAGACACGUCGUCGCCGACAGAACCAGCCGCUGAAGACGGAAAGGACGACGAUCAA